AUGGGUGGGAACCAGAGGCAGACGAUGGAGGAUGCGGCGGAGGACAAGUUCCCGGAGGGGUUGCGCGUGCUCGCGGUGGACGACGACCGUGUCUGCCUCAAAGUACUAGAGGUCCUCUUGCGCCACUGCAAGUACCAGCCAACGAUGGUGAUGGAUGCCAAGACGGCGCUGAAGAUGCUCAGGGCGGGGAAGGAGCAAUUCGACCUGGUCCUCACCGAUGUGCGUAUGCCGGACAUGGACGGCUUCAAGCUCCUCGAGCUCAUCGGCCUCGAGAUGGAUCUGCCCGUCAUCAUGCUAUCAGUGGAUUGCAACAAGAAGGCCGUGAUGAAGGGGAUAAAUCAUGGGGCGUGUGACUAUUUGAUGAAGCCAGUGCAUACCAACGAGCUCAAAAACAUAUGGCAGCAUGUUGAAAGCAGGAGAAGAUCCCAAGCAAUAAGCCACAUGAGUAGAGAUAAUGAUAACAACCACAGAGUACAUCCUGGGACGCUUGCCAGGAAUAAGGACUCCAAGACAAAGAGCAAUGAAAAAGAUGGUUCUAACGAGAACAAAGAGAGCACUCGUGCAUCCACUACUCAGAAGAAUACAAGGGUGAAAUGGACAAUUGAGCUUCAUAACAAGUUUCUAGAAGCUAUCAACCAGAUCGGCCUUGAUAAGGCUGCUCCAAACAAGAUAUUGGAGCUGAUGAAUGUGGAUUGCCUCACUAGACAUAAUAUUGCGAGUCAUCUACAGAAGUAUAGGUUGUACUUGAAUAGAGUCAAACCAAAUUCACUCGGUGAUGCAAGUGAAAGACAGAAUUCAUCCAUGGACAAUCAGAGGAAUUUUAUGCAUAACCAUGAGCAUGAAAGAUGGCAUGUGUCCUCAUGUGGCAUCCCCUCCUGGAGUCCAAACUAUUUCAGUGCAACUAGUCAAUUAGGCCAGCUGAUGGACAGCCAGAGCAGCUUGUGCAUGGGGUCAUUAAUCCAUGGUAGUAGAAUGUCGAGGUAUUUGGUUCCACACACACUGGAUGCGAGAAGAUUUGCUGGUUCCGAAGACCCUCCCAUUAGCCUAGACAAUGGCAUACUCGAUGACAUAAUGUUAGAUGAAUUUUCCUCAUAUAGCUCUGGUACUUCCUACGUUGACUCCAUGCGUGAUAAGCUGAUGGAGACAAGUAAAGGCAAAACCCCAUCAAAUCUUCGAAGUUACUUCACAAACACACCAAGUGGUCGCGGGAGUUCGGCACCCACAAAUGGUACUGGUAGCACUUCAAAAACCGAGACUAAUAUGUUUAACAGUGGCAAAACUAUUUCUACACUUUCCAACUUUCAGACAGAUGGUUUCAUCGCAUUAACUCCAAUGCCUGAUGGUGGGGAUGCGGCUGGCAUUCUCCCUGUGCAAGAAAGUAUGGUUAAUCAACAAGAGCCUAAUGAUCUACUGAAUGACAUUAAUGCCUUCUCAUCGGAUGAUAUUGCCAACCUUCUAAAUGACGAUUUCAUUGGAGAGGAUGCUGUCGUGGAUGGAUAG